AACGCGUGGCCAGAGAAAGAAAUUGCAACAGCCAAAACGCUGGCGUCGUCGGACAUGCUAGAAUGUCCUUCACGCCAUCUGAAACAAGCUCUGCAGCAGUGCUAAACCCUACCCUAACCAGUGACGCGGUAAAUGGAAGUCCUACUCCCUCCUUGACAACAUUCGAUGUCAGCGUGUUCAAGAAGUAUCUGCUGGCGCUCCUUCCUCCGGUGUUGGGUGCUGAUGUCGAUGAUCUUAACGACUCACUCAUCGAUGACGAGUUUGAUGAACGUGCGUUGAGAUUUGCGGCCGAAGGGAGUACCGUUAUCUACGUUUCCAAAACUCGCAGUGACUCGGAAGAGGAAAAUUCAACAACUUACUCUUAUGAACUUACACCCCACCUUUCAUGGACAUCAAAUACGUUCAUGAAUAUUGCCCUCAUAAAGCGAACUCCUGUCUUGGAUACUAUGGCGCCUCUAGCCGCACAACUCAAUAUUACCACUCUGUUUGGUGGGGAAGAAACCCCUUACGAAAGCCUUCAUGCUGUGGUCUCAUACGCAGUCAAGCCAUGGUUCGAUGCAUUCGUUGGGACCAGAAAUGGUGCCAAGGAUGGUGGCGACGCCAAAAUGGGCAUACCGAUGACCAAGAAGAAGUUUGCCGAGCUCGAAUUAUCCCUUUUACACCUUCAACAGAACGUGGAGAUACCCGAUACCCACCUAAUCAUUCAUCCUGUCAUUCAACGAGCGGUGGCUCAAACACAAUCACAAAGCAUACGACCCAGCAUUAAUCUCAUCCCUACAUCUACACUCACUGACAGCACUUUCCUUAAUACACUUCAGAGCCAUGUUAACAUGUGGAUUCGGUCGAUACAAGGAGUCACCAAGCUGAAUCGCGAUGUCUCCUCCGGCACCGCAUCACAGGAGAUCAACUUCUGGCUAAGUCUUGAGCGAGCAUUGGAAGGGAUUGAGGCCCAAUUACGUAGCGAUGAGGUUCUCAUGGUCAUGGACUGCCUGCGGAACGCAAAGCGGUUUCAUGCCACUGUCAGUUUCAUCGCCGACACGGGUUUAAAGGAGGCUACCGACAUGGUCCACAAAUACAAUCAACUCAUGAAGGAUUUUCCCCUCAACGAAUUAUUAUCCGCCACAGACCUUGAUAAAAUACAGGAAUCACUAUACCUUAUCUUCUCGCAUAUCAACCGUAAACUCCGACUUUCCCCAUACCCCAUACGGCGAGCCCUGCCGCUGGUCGAGGCAAUAUCCCGCGAUUUUAAUGAUCAACUGUUAAGAGUCCUUACAUCCCACCGAUUACCUUACACCCCCUAUGAGACAUUCGAUCGCCUCCUCUCACAAACACAAGCUAUUUUUCGGGCAUGGGACGAACAAAUGAAAGAAUUUACCAACGUUGCUCGAGAAGUCACUCGCAAGCGGCAGGAGAAGUUCAUACCCAUCAAGGUUCAUCCCGCGCAUGCCAAGCUGCAGGAAAGGUGUCGGUAUCUGAGAGAUUGGAGAAAACAACAUGAGCAGCUUGCAGUCAUGACCGGACCAACAAAAGGUUUAGGAAAUGUCGGCAAGGAGGCGGGUGGAAUGGAUAUGGAAGAGGAAGUGAAGGAGGCAUAUGAAGCUAUCAAGAGUAUCGAUGUGCUUGAUGUUUCCGUGGAGGGCACUGAGAUUUGGGUUACAGCUGAAAAUGCCUACAACGAACGUGUAGCUCGCGUGGAGAAUCAGAUCAUUGCUCGGCUCAGGGACCGGCUAGGGACAGCGCGGAAUGCUAAUGAAAUGUUCCGGGUGUUCUCAAAAUUCAACGCACUUUUUGUGAGACCCAAAAUUCGCGGUGCUAUUCAAGAAUACCAAACUCAGCUGAUCGACUCUGUGAAAGAGGACAUCAAACGAUUACACGAUAAAUUCAAAACCCAAUACCGAUUCUCCGAAGCAUACCACAUGUCACAGAUGCGCGAUUUACCACCUAUCGCAGGUGCGAUUAUCUGGGCUCGAGAGAUAGAGCGCCAACUCUCGACAUACAUGAAAAGAGUCGAGGACGUCCUAGGAAAAGGCUGGGAGCUGUAUGCUGAAGGGCAGAAACUCCAAACCGAAAGCACAGCCUUCAGACGCAAGCUUGACACACGUCCGGUGUACGAGGCUUGGCUCCACGACAUCAAUCGUCGCGAUAUGGGAAUAAACGGACGAUUAUUCGAAAUUAUUCGGCUUCGGGGGGGUGGCUUCCAACUUGCCGUAAAUUUCGACCCCCAGAUUAUCACCCUAUUCAAGGAAGUCCGGAACUUGCUAUGGCUCAACUAUCAAGUGCCUCAUGCCAUAUCUAAUAUGGCGAAGGACGCGAAGAGAGUCUACCCCCAUGCCGUUAGCCUCAUGGAAACUGUGAGAACGUACGCACAAACAUUAGACUUGAUCGAAAAAAAUCAAGUCAUUGAAAUCCUUGUGGCCGAGUUUCGAAAUGAGACACAACGAAUGACAUCCAGAGGGAUGUCUGUCCGGUGGGAUUUCUUCGUUAAUGCUUACGAUACGCAUCGAUAUCUUCCUGCGGCUGGCCUGGAAGGACGGGAGAACCGGAAUCUAGCUUUCGUCCGGGAAUUCGCAGGAGCUGUCUCCAUCUUGCAGGAUAAAACGAAUUCCCUGAUAGACUCAUACAGGGAAAUCAAUCGUGUGGUCGAAGAGCUAUCCACAUGCCCUUUCACAUCUCAGGCAUUUGGCGAGUUGAUUGCUAAGAUUCAAGCAUUAAUUGACCGACUCAACUUAGAGGGUUAUGCAAAUCUUGAUCACUGGGUCAAUCGCCUAGAUAAAAGGAUUGAGAGUAUCCUUUUGCAGCGAUUGACCUCCAUCAUUCAACUCUUCUGCACAGAGUUUGAGAAGACUGAAGAAGAUGUGAGAAGAGACGCAGUCUUGAGAGAGGCUUCGAACAAACGCAGGAGCGAUAAGAAAUUCAAAGAUGAUAAGCAAACCGCAGACGGGCCACUGAUCCUGAAGCCUAUCGUACACGAGAUUCGGAUACAGGAUCAAGUGAUCUUUCUUGAUCCCCCAAUCGAAUAUGCACGGGAAAUCUGGAUAAAGCGGCUCCAUGAUUGGUUGGCUGUGGUGUGUGUUCAACGGCGAAUUCAGAGUUCCCGGUAUGAAAUCGGGCUCCAAAUGCGGGGCACCAGCAUGGCCGAAACUACAUAUGUCUCGCUGCUGACUCAAUUCGCCGACGACACCUUGGACCGCCCUUUCAUGCAUAUCGAGAAUAAGGUCCAGCAAGUCACAGAAUACGUCGGCAAAUGGCUGCAAUUCCAGUCGCUGUGGGAUUUGGAGGCAGAAUACGUGUUUAACCGAUUGGGGGAUUCGUUGGCAAGCUGGCAGCAGCUGCUGAUUGAGAUCAAGAAAACGCGCUCCACAUUUGAUACGUCAGAAACCGAGAAAUCGUUCGGUGUGUGCGUUGUCGACUAUGAGCAGGUACAAGCGCGUGUGAACGCAAAGUACGACUCGUGGCAGCGGGAUAUCCUCAGCAGAUUUGGGGUCAAGCUCGGCAAUGCAAUGAAGGACAUGCAUGCAGCGAUCCUCAAGGCUCGAAACGAGUUGGAGCAUCAAUCGAUUGAAGGCCUGGUGGGAGGUGGAGUAUCCCGACGGUUUUGAUCCGCUGUCGGACCUAUUUCAGAGUUUGGGGUGGUUGGCUCCCCAGCUCCUUGUGUUCAUUUUCAUUGUGCGCUUCUACAGAACUUUCAGGAACGUUUCCUUCGCUAGUUCAUUGGUUUAGUCUUUCCGUGUGUGCUCAACUAUAUUUACGUUGAUCAUGAUGAUUAUCUUUCCGCUUGCCCCGGUCACUCGGUU